AAUUUUUUUUAGUCGACAGUUAGAAAAACUACAACGUCACGUCCGUUUCGCAAUGAUUCCUGGGUAAUGGUGUUCAGGCUCCGGCUGGUCGUCGCAGCACGAAGAAGUGAACACCAGUAACAACUCCUAACUUAAAUGAAUAAUGAUGUAGCACUUUUGGUAAACUCGUUGUGUUGCGUUGCAGUUAUUAAUUUGGCGCCAAAAUGGGCAACACGCAGACUUACAUGGCUGUCUCAGCCGCUGUGUGUUCUGCGAGUUUAGUUUAUGUUUAUGUUUAUGUUUACUGCUCUCAUAAGCUGUUGAAGACAAAUGUACUCAACAACGACAGGCUUCCAAGUUUCGUGUAUCUUUACAUCAAAUAUUUGUCCAGAGCUGUGACUCGGAGGACAGGCUGCCUUUACACAGCAGCUGCAAACUCUGACGUAGUUUACACGGUCCUUAACUGCAGGCUGGAGACGUCCCUGCUGAGGAGGUUCUGCAGUGCUGCAGGUUAUGGCUGGGAUUAUCCAGACACCGAGUACAGAGACAUCCCGCUGUGCUUCCCAGAGUUUCUCUGCUGCAGGCUGCUGCUCAUGGUGCUGACUGAUGAAAAGUUCAGGCUCAGCCCAGCAGGUCUGGUUCGUGUGCGCCAGAGUAUGAAAACCCUUCAGCCAGUUGAUGAACUGAAAAGAGGCCCGUUCAUGCUGCGGGUUCAAGUCGUGGAGUACCGGCAAAUUGACACAGGGAUGGAGGUGGACGUCGGUCUGUCUGCCACAUCUCAUACCAGUUGCCCAGUGUGGGAGAGCGUCCUGACACUGCUGUCCAAAAACAGGCUCCACAAAGCCAGAAGAUGUUUACCAGGGAAAGAAAACGAGAGCCAGCCAGAUGACCCUGUGCCAGAAAAUGUGAAGCAAGUAGAGUUCAGAGUUCCCAGCACUAUCGACCUGCAGUGUGUGUGGGCCUUCUCUGACUUCUCCCCCUGUCACAUCCUCUCUGUACUGGCCAGGCUCUGUGGCUGCAGAUCACAGACCUCGCCGAGUCUCUGGAUGCUGUCCGUCUGCUUGGCUGAAAUUGAAAAGCACAAAGGGGUUGGAGUCAUCACAGCUCCCGUCAACAUCACCGUCCAGUUUAUGGAGCCUCUUUUGGUUCCAGGCAGAGUGACAAUCAAGUUUUGGGAGAUGACCAAAAAUUGGGGUCAGCGUUCUCCCCGAGGCCUCAGUUUCCAUAUGCUGCAACAUGGAAGCAACAUAACUCACAUAAUGGGAGUGAUUUCUGGGUCUUGAUUAACAGAAGGUUGAUGUUUGUAGGCAUUCUGUUGGACCAUGGUUGGUCCCAGCUAAUCCACAUUCAAGUAUUUAUUCGUAUCAUCAUGAAAUAAGGUCUGUGUUUCACAUCUUCAGUACUCGUAAUUAUGUUGGACAACACUAAAAAAUCUCUACUGUAAAAUCAAAUUUGCCGUGUGCAGAUGUGUGUCAGGAGGUUUUCAGCCUACGCUUUGAGUUUUCUCUAGAUGUGUAAGACUUCUAAAGCAAGCCUUUUGUUUUAGCAUCUCCUGCAAAUGCUUUCAUUCAUGUGCACUAAUAAUUAAAUGAAUGACUGGUUGAUUGGCUGACACAGGUAGCGUGAGACAAAAAGGAGACGGUUGUAGACUCUGACAGAAACUCUUUCACCACCUGAAAAGCAAAAGAAAAGAGGAAGAGAAGAGGUCAGCUGGGUCAAUAAAUCAGACCCACCAACUGCUGUUUCUCCACAACUGGGGCUCUGCUCGGAUCUAAGUACCCCGUCUCUCGCCCUGUAUUAGCUGGGAUAGGCUUCAGCCCUCCUUCAGACCCUACUAUUUUAUCUCACAUAAAAAAAGAUCACAUAAAAUAUGUGACAUAAAAAUGUAAAAUGUGUCUUCAAAGGUUCCUUCAUUACCUCACUGGACUAACCAUGCAAACAAUAUGCAAUCCUAAACAUAUGUGUUAGAUAUAACUGUAAAAUCUUUGAAUCACUCUGUCAUUGCAGAUUAAAACAUUUUAACUGUUAAAGAAUCACAUAGUUGUUUGUAGUAAUGUUCAUGCCACGCAUUCGUUUUUUAAAUAAAAACUGUUAGUCUCUAUAGAUAAUUUAAUUAUGAUAUAUGUUUUACACAUAAUGAAUGCAAAUAUAAUUGUAGCUAUUUUAGACACAUUAAAUUACUGCUUGUUUAACCAGUUAGUUAUACAUCAAAUAUUCCUUUGUGACAGUCAUUAUAUAUCCUGUCAUAACAGCAGCAGAAGCAAAUGUGUAUUAAUAGCAUUAAAAAGGAAUAGUUCAACAUUUCUGAUGGUGUUCAUAAUAAACAAACCAGAUACGUUAUUAGUUAGGAAGCUUUAGAUGUGUGGGUACACUUAGGCUAUUUUUAGAGUUAAGAUAUUCAUGUAAAAUGUCAAACUACUUAUGGCUUCAUUCAUUUGUCAGUUAAUCAUACCACAGUAAUGUUACUUACAUCAUUGUGUUGUUAUCAGGUAUUCUUUUAAACCUGAAAGGAUCAAAAUAGCCUGGAAAGAGUUUGAAUUUACAGAUUUCUUAUUCGUUUGAACAGCAGGGCUUUGUGCUGUAGGUUUCAUAGAUCUACUCUACACGAGCACUUUGUCAGCUGCCACCUCUACCACUUGACUAUACUAGGCUAAUGCAGACAUCAUCUCUACAGGGAACAAAGACUUUUCAAUAUUUGAUCCCUCCAAUAUUCCCAUUUGCAGCUUUCAUGUAAAGUCUGUCUUCUUGUAUUAUUUAUUGGAAGACAUUCAGUGCAUGGGACUGAGAGAAGUGGCUUUUCACGCACGUCUGCAC